CCAUACAGAUAGAAAAGCGAAAAGAAUUCGUUGUAUUCUUACAUCUUAUCUUACCUACCUAUGUAGAUACGCCCUACCAUAUCAUAUCAUAUCAUAUCUCUACCCCAUCUCAUCAAGAUCUCCAGACCACCCUAGCUCCUCGAUAAGAUCAAGGCACGUGAAAGGGUAACCAUGGAAAGGAAAGAAGAUCUUAGCGUCAGACUAUCAGCGAAGCUACCUACCUCACCAUCUCCCGCUUUCUCACACCCGUCUCCUGAUUUGACAUGACGUGAUGUCAUGCGAUGUGAUUGAAUAGGAUAGGAUAGGUUAAUCUCAGAUCACAUGAACGAAGGAAGGGAAAAUGAAAUGAUUUUUGUUGCGUAUCUGCAGUAGGAGGAACCUGGUCCAGCUGAAGUGGAGUUCUGGGAGGCGGGAUUGGGGACUGGACUGGGGUGUUUACGUACAUGAUGUGUGUGAUUUUUCGAUUAUGGUUGGUUGAUGUUUUGUCUUGUUGAGUGAGUACUUGCUUGUAUGUUGGUCGCGGUCUCGGAUUAGAGAAGUGGUUAGAUGGAUGACUUUGUUCUUGGAAUCGCGCUCGGUUUGUUGAGUCUGUUUAUUUGGAUUUGGUUGAUUGGUCGAUGGCGAGGAGAUUGGAAUUCGUGCGGGGGAUUGAUAUUGAUGGUAGUUCUAUCGUUUUUGUUGCGAGAAGGGAUAUGGGGAUUCCGUUUCAAUUGGGGUUUUUGUUGUUGAUUGGGAGAGUUGUUCGAUAUCGAGAAUUCCUGCGAGACGGGGGUUUUGGAUAUAUGGUCCAACUCUGAAGAUUGAAUCUUAUGUUUUCAAUGUUGGCGGGCUGCUCUUUGUCCAUUUAAUUAUGUGGUAGAGUCUGGGCACAGUUGCAUCUUACUUUUUGUUCUACAUCCAGAUUGUUUCUCAUUACUAUUCUGUACACAUUUAUGCUACCUCGAAUGUUAAUAGCAUCUAUACCUAGGGAGAAGUUACACAAGCCAUGCUACCUGAGUAGUCUGCGGCUUUCGAUUGGCAAGACGAAGCUGCGGAUUGAUGAAUCAGAUGGGUGCAUCUGGACCGAACAUGAAUUGGAGAGCUCUUUCAUCUAUUCUUACCAUUCGAUAAAACUCUCUUUCAAAUCCCUUCUCUUUGGAAUUUUAUUUGGAAUUUACCCCGCAAUUACCCCUCAUUGUGUCUUUUAUGGCACAAUCUCAUCUUCUAGCUAUUGUUGUUAUUUCCCUACCUAAUGUGUUUCUCGACAUAGAAAGAGAGCCGGUACUUUCUGUCAUUCAUAGUUCCCUUGAACUCGCAAGUUAAUUCGACUCACAACUCCCAAAUAAUUCAAACCUCAUAACACAUCAUCAAAAUGACAUCUCUCAAACCUCGCACCAUAAUAAUAAUCGGCGCCGGCCCCCUCAUGUCCCGUAGUCUCUCUCUCUACCUCGCUUCUCACAAUUGGCAAAUCAUUCUCAUCUCUCGCAAUCACUCCUCUCUUCUUUCUCUCGCCUCAGAAAUCAAUGAUCUCAACCCCAAAGCACCCAAAGUCCUCGUCCACCCAGGCGAUGCUAGUAUCCCAUCUUCUCUCCACAAAGCUCUAGAUUGGGCUGCGGAACAAGUGGGUGGAAAAGUAGAUGUUCUUUGCUAUAAUGCUGCACAUGUGGCUCCGAGUCCUAUUUUGGAAUUAAAACCCGAGGUUUUGACGCAGGAUUUUAACAUUACGGCGAUGGGGACUUUGGUUGCUGGACAAUGGUACAUUAAUCACGCCAACACCUCCCAUAUUCCCCAAGGCGAACAUCCUCUUUUUCUUGUUCCCGGUGGCCUACUUGAUAAAUACCCAGAUCCUAACAUCUCCGCUCUUUGCGCCACCAAAAGCGCAAGCCAAUGUCUUGUCAAAAUGUUUCAACAAGUUAUGGCGCCAAAGGGAAUCCUAGUCGGCGCACCAAUUGUAGGAGGAGAAGUGGUAAAAGAGGGGAAGAUGUCUCCAGAUCGUAUCGUGGAUGGGGUUUUUAGGCCAUUUUUUGAGGAGAGAGAACGGUAUGGAGCGAAUGAGGGGAAGUGGGUGUUGGAAAGAAUUUGGUUGCCGGAGGGGGGGUAUGGAAGUACAGGGACAGGUGGGAUUGGAGGAAAUGAGAGUGGGAAGUAAGGAUUGUGCUAAUAGGUUGACAGAAGUUUGAUAAGGGGGGCUUUGCGUGGAGUUGGAGGGACGGGGGAGAGGAGAGGAAGGUGCGGUACGAAAUUGUGAGUAGUGGUAUGAUUAUGAAUUAUGACUAAUGUGAUUUUUCAAUUUGAGGUCUUAGGGAAUUAAGCAUGCUAUAAUCAGCAAUGAUGAUGAUGGCAAUUUGUUUCCCAGACAAUUGGAGAGUACCUGGAGUCGUUCUUAUUUUCAACAAUCUCCUCGCUCGCCAUUUCAAGGGAAAUGGUAAUAUUUGUAUCUAGGAUGAAUGGGUAUAAGGCCAAGAAGAAAACACUUCAUCCCAGAAUUGAUGUGGGUAUAGAGUUAUGGAGUUCUGUUCUCAUAGUUCUGCAGUGUUGAUUUGUUACUACAAAUUCAUGAACACGAUUCUUGACGUGCAAGAUAUCUUUCGCCCCUCCGCAUAUUCUCUACAACAAUAAACAACAAGGCUGAAGAUA